AUGGCUAUGGAGCUAGAGCUUGAUGAUGAUGUCUUCUUUGCAGAUAUAAGCAAACAGAUCUCUCUCCUCAUCAUGGAUGAAGAUGAACACUUAAACCCUGUUUCUCUCUCCUCCUCCUCCUCUCUCUCAUUCCAGGGUUUGUUCAGAGGAGGGUAUCAAACGGCUCCAUACAUGUAUCAUCAAGAACAGAGCAAAGGGACAGGUGUGUUCAUCCCUAAAUCUUCUCAGCCAAGAAGAAGACAUCAUCAUCACCAGAAGCAAGGUAGGUUUAGUUCCUUCAACGCCAAGCAACAACAUUCUCUUCAUCAAAACAGACAACAGUAUCAGCAGAAUCAUGACACUUCAAGAAGUACUCUCACCUCUCACAACAACAAGAGCAACAUGAUCAGUAAUAAUGUUCAUGUUUCUAUCCCAAGAAGAACCUACAGAGAUGCAGCAUCUAUCUACACUUGA